GCAACCAACCCAUCAGAGGGCGUCAGCAUCGGCCGGUGACGAGCAGUGGAGCGGCGGACCCGGGAGGCGCCUGUGCUCUUCUGUGUGGCAGCUCACAAUGAUGGAUCAAGCAAGAUCAGCAUUGUCUAACUUGUUUGGUGGAGAACCAUUGUCAUAUACCCGGUUUAGUCUGGCUCGGCAAGUAGAUGGUGAUAACAGUCAUGUGGAGAUGAAACUAGCUGUAGAUGAAGAAGAAAAUGUUGACAAUAACAUGAGGGGUAACCACACCAAUGUCAGAAAACCAAAAAGGUUAAAUGGAUAUAUCUGCUAUGGGACUAUUGCUGUAAUCAUCUUUUUCUUGAUUGGAUUUAUGAUUGGCUACUUGGGCUACUGUAAACGUGUAGAACCAAAAGCCGAUUGUGAGAGACCGGCAGGAACAGAGCCUUCGUGCACAGAGGAGACAGAACCUUUCGAAACAGAAGAGCAGCUCCCCGAAACACGUCGCAUAUUUUGGGCAGACCUCAAAUCAAUGUUGUCCAAGAGACUGGAUGCCAUAGACUUCACCAGUGCCAUCAAGAUGCUGAAUGAAAAUUCUUAUGUCCCUCGUGAGGCUGGAUCUCAAAAAGAUGAAAGCCUUGCUUUUUACAUUGAAAAUCAGUUCCGUGAACUUAAACUCAGCAAAGCCUGGCAUGAUGAACAUUUUGUUAAGAUUCAGGUCAAAGGCAGCAAUGCUCACAACUCGGUGACCAUAGUGAAUAAGAGCGGCAGCAACAGUAUGGUGUACCAGGUGGAGAAUCCCGAGGGUUAUGUGGCGUAUAGUAAGGCUACGACAGUUACUGGUAAACUGGUCCAUGCUAAUUUUGGCACUAAAAAAGACUUUGAGGAUUUAAAUAUGCCUGUGAAUGGAUCUUUAGUGAUUGUUAGAGCAGGGAAAAUUACUUUUGCUGAAAAGGCUGCAAAUGCUGAAAGUUUAAAUGCAAUUGGUGUCUUGAUAUACAUGGACCAGACUAAAUUUCCCAUUGUUAAUGCAGAUCUUCCAGUUUUCGGACAUGCUCAUCUGGGAACAGGUGACCCUUACACACCUGGAUUCCCUUCUUUCAAUCACACUCAGUUUCCACCAUCUCAGUCAUCAGGAUUGCCUAACAUACCUGUCCAAACAAUUUCCAGAGCUGGUGCAGAAAAGCUAUUUCAAAAUAUGGAAGGAGACUGUCCUUCUAUUUGGGGAAUAGACUCUUCAUGUAAGCUGAUAUCCUCACAGAACAAGAAUGUGAAGCUCACUGUGAACAAUGUGCUGAAAGAGAUAAGAAUUUUUAACAUCUUUGGAGUUAUUAAGGGCUUUGAAGAACCAGAUCGCUAUGUUAUAGUAGGGGCCCAGAGGGAUGCCUGGGGUCCUGGAGCUGCAAAGUCCAGUGUAGGAACAAGUCUACUAUUGAAACUUGCCCAGAUACUUUCCGAUAUGGUCUUAAAAGGUCAGUUUAAACCCAGCAGGAGCAUUGUCUUUGCCAGCUGGAGUGGUGGAGACUUCGGAGCUAUUGGUGCCACUGAAUGGCUAGAGGGAUACCUUGCCUCCUUGCAUUUAAAAGCUUUCACUUACAUUAACCUGGAUAAAGCUAUUCUUGGUACCAGCAAGUUCAAAGUUUCUUCCAGCCCACUGUUGUAUUCGCUUAUUGAGAAGACGAUGCGAGAUGUGAAACAUCCAGUUACUGGGCUCUCUCUAUAUCGGGACAGCAACUGGAUCAACAAAGUCGAGAAACUUUCUUUUGAUAAUGCUGCUUUCCCCUUCCUUGCAUAUUCUGGAAUCCCAGCAGUCUCUUUCUGUUUUUGUGAGGACACAGAUUACCCUUAUUUGGGUACUCCCAUGGAUACCUAUGAGGUACUGAAUCAGAAUGUUCCUCAGUUGAACAAAAUGGCACGUGCAGCAGCAGAAGUAGCCGGUCUGCUUUUGAUUAAACUUACCCAUGAUGUUGAAUUGAACCUGAACUAUGAGAUGUAUAAUGACAAAAUACUUGGGUUUGUGAGAGAAAUGAACCAGUUCAGAGCAGACAUAAAGGAGAUGGGUCUGAGUCUACAGUGGCUGUAUUCUGCUCGUGGAGACUUCUUCCGUGCUACGUCUAGACUAACAACAGAUUAUAAGAAUGCUGAGAGAACAAACAGAUUUGUCAUGAGGGAGAUCAAUGACCGUAUCAUGAAAGUGGAAUAUCACUUCCUGUCACCCUACGUAUCUCCAAGAGAGUCUCCUUUCCGACAUAUCUUCUGGGGCUCUGGCUCUCACACUCUGUCAGCUUUACUAGAGCACUUGAAGCUGCGGCAGAAAAAUAACGGUGCUUUUAAUCAAACACUGUUGAAAAACCAGUUGGCUCUAGCAACUUGGACUAUUCAGGGAGCUGCAAAUGCCCUCUCUGGUGACAUCUGGGACAUUGACAACGAAUUUUAAAUGUGAUACCUAUAACUUAUAUAAGAACAUCAAGGUAGUGUGGUUCCUAGACUUGUGUUGGUUGUGCUAAAUUUUCAGUAGGGCUACAAAACCUAAUAUUGUUAAAAUUCUACCCAGUCUUGGUACUACUAGAUGUCUUUAGGCAGCAGCUUUUAAUACAGGGUAGGUACCUGCACUUCAAGUUAAAGUGACUAACCACUUAAAAACAAUAGAAUAUUUUCUCUGAUUAUCUCUAGAGUUUUAAGUGCUUUGUAAUGGUAACUGCCUCUUUCCUGUUACAGUUAUGAAAAAGUCAGAACCAGUUAUGUGAACUAUUGUUCUAAAUCCUAAGUACAUGAACUGGUAUCUUUUGAAUGGAGGAGGAAGGUGGAAAGUGGUAGCUUAGAGGGAUCCUCCACCUUCACUGGAUGCUAGAUAGGAGAUCCCAGGCUGUAAGGCUUUACUCUCCACAUGAGAUCUCUGUCUUCUUUAAGGAUUUAGCUCGUUUCCACAUCUGAAAGUGAAACAGUUCACUUUCAGAAGAGAUGGGACUUGUUUUCUUGCCAGUGAGGUCUGAAAUAGAGGUCCUUCAGCUGCAUAAAAGGAGGCUCAACUGUUUAUCACAGGAGUAAGGCCUUAAUGUGUUAACCUCAAGAUUAUGUUUG